UAAGUCCGCCUGCAAUCACAUGAUUUGGUCAUAAGUUUUUUCAAGUCUGCCCGUGCAAAGCGAAAAUUUUCUCGCCCGUUUUUUGUUUGUAGUUUGAGUUAACUUUUCGUGCGUCGUCCCAGCGGUUGCAGCAAGAUGUUGUGGAAAUCGCUGAUUGCAUUGUGCGUCAUUGGAGCAGCCUUGGCCGAGCAAACGCCCGUAUUUCUAUGGGGUGCCAACAGUGAGGCGAAGCCCUCUUUGCGGACCGUGCCCCAGGCGGAGUUUGCUGACCAGUUGGCAGCGCUGCUGAAAGAUCACAUGGUUGUGGCCUUCGAGGAAAAUGGCCUGAGCACGAAGGACUUCCUGUGCGCCAACUCCCAGGCGCAGUCCUGCUACGCCAAACUGCAGGGCGUGAGUCCCAAGACGUACUACACCAGCGUGGAGAAUCCGUCGGAGGCCCUGCGCUCGGUGGCCGCCAAGCGGGAGCACAACAGCAUCGAUGCCAGUGGUCGGCUUGUGAGCCCGGCCAAGUGCUCCGUGGGCACGGCUCUCUUUGUCAGCUUCGAGGAUGACGAAGAUGUGCGCGAGGCGACUCUGGAGUCACAUGACUCUGCCAUUGCCGCUAUCAGCAAGCAGUUUGAUUGCAAGGUGGCUUAUCUGUACCUGGCGACACCUUCCACCGCCCCCGUGGUGCAGCGCCGCAAGCGACGUGACACUGCCGCCACCACCGGAGGCAUCAUGUGGGUUUCGGGCAACCAGUUUCGCAUAUUCUACACCAGCGUCAUGUACAACGGAGUCCCCUUCUCGGUCAACGCUCUCACCAUCGAAAACGGAACUUCUCCCGCUACUACGUUUUCCGUUAAGCUGGCCACUGCCGAGGCAACCAAGUCACUCACGUUCGAUGUUGUUUAUGGCGAUGGCGGCUACUUUAGCCUGACCAACGUGGCCUACGCCGGACAGGCCUUCCGCAGCACAGGCAUCAUCAAUGCCCCCACCACUUUCUCCUACUCCUGCGGAAACCUCACCCUGGAGACGGCUGCCACUGACAACAUGUACAACACCCUGAGCUUUAACUCGCUGCAGAUUCAGGCUCCGUUCAGCAGCACCUACAAGGAAAACUUCCCCUUCGGCGACUCGUGGGACUGUGUGGGCUUCGUUUCGCCUGGAAUACUAAUGGGUCUGCUGGUGGUUAUCAUUUUGCUGGUCAUCGUAUUCAUUGGCGUCUGCUGGAUGAUGGACAUCAACACGAUGGAUCGCUUCGACGACCCCAAGGGCAAGACGAUCACGAUCAAUGCCGGCGUUGAUUAAGCGGCCGAUUGGUUGUCAUAGUUUCCCUUUCAAUUUCUUUGUUCAGUCAACAAUAUUCAUUCCUUUCCUCCUCCUCCUUCAGUCUGUCCAUACAUAUAUGCAUACAUAUUUACGAAUCAAUCAAUACUUAAUACCGUUACCAUACAAUCAUAUAAUCAGGAAAUUAGCUAUCGCAAUUUAUGUCGUAUCCAUAAUUUUCGCCCGCAAAGAUCAGCCUACGUUCAGCAUCAAUAACAACCAAAUCGAGGCUGGCCUUUGCCGUCGAAAAUUGUCUGGGAACGAGAGUCCCGAGAGAGUUUUGCUUGCAACGACUUUGCAACCAGUAUUUCGUUUAGUGUAGCCCAAGCUACGACCCCCCCUCUCCCUAAUGUGUGUGUGGCUGUGCCCCAAAGGGAGUACGAGUGUGUAUGUGUGUGAGAUUGCCACAAGUCAGUAAAUCUAAACUUGAAUAUAUCUAAGUGUUUUAUAGUUACUUGUUUCCUGCGCAAAUACGAGAAUGUGAACAUAAUUUAUGCCUCUGUAUGAUAGUUUAUCAUUUUGUGUAACGCUCCUGUUCGCAGGCCCAGCGAAAAUAAAGUUUUUUUUUUCAAUUGUG